AUGUCCGAAAACAAAGGGCCCAUGGCCCUGGCGGCCGUCAUCAUUAUUUCGGUCGUCAGCACAACCUUCACAGCUGCUAGGCUCUUCACCAGAGGAAAAGUGAUGGGAAAGCUAAUGCUGGACGACUACCUUAUCCUCACCGCAGUGAUUCUCGGCUGGAUAAAUGUGGCAACGUUCGGUACUGCAGUGUCCCAUGGCUUCGGUCAACACAUCGAUAACCUCACCGUCGAGCAAAGGUCCCAAGCCAUGAUGUGGAGCAUCAUCGGCUACACGCCUGGACUGUUGUCCCUCAGCCUUCCGAAGCCGGCCGUCGUCGCCCUGCUCACUCGGGCCAUGAACCCCAGCAAAUGGCACAAGAGGUUCCUUUGGCUCAUUGCAUUUUGGUGUGUUACCAACUUGGUUCCUUACAUCACGCUCUACUACGCUCAGUGUACCCCGGUACAGGCGGUGUGGGAUCCCUCGGUCAGCGGCACCUGCUUGGAUAAAUCAGUCCUCAUCGGCUAUGCCACGUACUCUUCAGCCUUUUGCGCCUUCGCGGAUGUUUACCUCUCCGUCUACCCUGCGGUGGUACUCGCGAAACUUCAGAUGAAUAUCAGGAAGAAGAUCGCUUUGGGCAUUGCCCUGGGUCUGGGAUCUUUGUCAACCAUUGCUGUCAUCUACAAAAUCACAAAACUUCCGAUGAUGGCUAGCUCCGAUCCCACAUUCGAUACUGUUGAGCUUGUGAUCUGGACAAUUCUCGAGGGCAGCAUCAUCAUCAUAGCCGCAUGCGUCCCCGUCCUUCAGCCACUCGUCGAGGCGGUAUUCGGCAAGCGCAUCUUCUAUGGCAGCCGGAGGUACCCAUACAGAGGCUCAGAGGACACGCCUGGCAGGGUGAAGGGAACCUUUGGCAGCACCUUUGGCCGUCAGACCAUGGAAAAGAGGCUGGGCCACGGCUUGUCCAAGGGCUCCAUCAGCCUGACCACCACCGUCGCCGCCAAGGGGAGCCAGGAGAGGAUCUGGGAAAAGCAAGAGCCCGACGGAAAGAUUGUAGUGGUUGACACUGUCACCGUCACCGUGGAAUCAUCAGCCUCAGCAAGCCAAAGUUGA